AUGCGAAAGAAUCUCCAGUGUCAUCAAAGGAGCUGGGAGAAAAUGACAAACGAAUCACUGAUAUACAUGAAAUCGAGUAGCCAAACAUAUACUGCCACCUGGACAACCCAAGUCACCAAAACCCAAUCCAUCAAUCACUCGUUGUCUAUCCUUCAUUUCAUUUCAAAGCUUUGCAAAAUCCAGAAGAUGGAGUCCACAGCAUUGUGUGGCAGCAGAGGACUUCUAUUCGUUUAUUCAUCUACGAAAGCAGCAGCUAUAACAGAUAUUAAUCCUUCACCUCUUCUAAUCAAGUCCAUGGCCACCCAGAAACCUUUGCCAUCAGCUGCCAAAACAGUUAGCUCUAGAAAGCAAGGCCCUAGAAGCAGUCCACUGGCGACUUCACCUCCAAUUAAGCUACUAACAAGGGUGGAGCAACUUAAAUUACUAACCAAAGCUGAGAAAGCAGGCUUACUUUCAGCAGCAGAGAAGUUUGGCUUCUCCUUGUCAACAAUAGAGAAACUGGGACUACUUUCAAAGGCAGAGGAACUGGGAGUUCUCUCAGCAGCUACAGAUCCUGGAACCCCCGGAGCUUUGUUGAGCCUUAGCUUGGGACUGCUGCUGUUAGGACCCUCUUGUGUCUAUCUUGUGCCCGAGGAUUACCCUUGGGAGGUUGCAUUGCAAGUCACAGUUGUUUUGCUUUGCGUUGUUGGUGGAUCUGCUGCAUUUGCUGCUUCAAAUUUUGUGUCCAACUUGCAGAAAUCAAAAUAA